GAUAUUCCAGACCGUCCGUGUGUGAACUAAACACACGCUUCCGAGCGUUGGACUAAAAAGGAAUAACCGCUUCUCACCUAAACUCAUUCAUCUUGCUAUCUUUGAAGUGGAUGACAGAUCACAGAAAGAACAUAAAGGACUACAUCCUCCACUGGCGUGCUAUGGCCUCUGAUUUCAGCAGUGUCAGCAGCAGUGCUUCAUAACUCUCAAGUAGAUCUCAGUAAACACUGGGGUGGUUUGAGCUGUACUCUGCUGCAGCAGGGAUGAUCACGUCCCAUAUGAACGGUUAUGUGCAAGAGGCCUCUGGUCAGGCCAAGAGCCACAGGGAGAGGGCAGUGGACUGCCCAGGGGAGGAAAGUAGCCUUGUCAAAUCACCACACUGCAGUGCCCACAUGGAGAGGAUCCAGCACUACCAGGAGGAGCUGAGGAAGAGGAGAGAGGAGGACAGCAGAGGAAAGCACGACAUCGACCCCAACGCUUCACUGAGGCUCAAGAAGCUGUCGCAGAACCCAAAGGUGGGCAUUGACAAUCCCACCUUCGAGGGGAAGGAAAAGGCCACCAAAGACAUGUGCUCCCAGGAUCCUGUAGUCGAACUGGAGGAGUUGCUGCAGGCUCUGAAGUGGGCGCAGCACUGCCUGACUGAUGCGCAAAGCCAGCAGGAUGUGGAGCUGAUUAUGCAGCUCCUUGCCAAGGAGGACUUCAGGAAUGCCUACACCAUCUACAGUGCUGUAUCCCAGCAGAAGAGCAGAGUCAGUCCCACCUCAGCCCUCACAGUACAAGCAGAGGAUCUCUGCCAGGAGGUACAGAGGAUCCUCCAGUCCAGCCAGCAGAAGGAGGGUUUGGAGCUCAGGGCUCUGCUCACCAGUCCUCAUCUCCAGGCACUGAUGCAGGCCCAUGACAGUGUGGCAGUGCAGGAAAUGGCAGAGGAAAAUGAGACCCAGUACCUUGGAGAAACAGUUAAACUGGUGCGGCUGGAGAAGGCACGCGACACUCCACUGGGUGCGACAGUACGUAACGACAUGGACAGUGUGGUGGUGAGUCGUGUAGUGAAAGGCGGAGCAGCAGAGAGUAGCGGCCUUCUGAGUGAGGGAGAUGAGAUCCUGGAGAUCAACGGGAUUUCUAUUCGUGGGAAACACAUCAAUGAAGUCCAUGACUUACUGCAACAAAUGCACGGCUCUCUGACCUUCCUCCUCAUCCCGAGCUCUCAGAUUAAACCUGCCCCACACAGACAGACUGUGAUGCACGUAAGGGCUUACUUUGACUACGACCCCUCUGAUGACCCCUUCGUGCCAUGUCGGGAGCUGGGCCUGUCCUUCCAGAAGGGAGACAUCCUCCACGUCAUCAGCCAGGAUGACCCCAACUGGUGGCAGGCCUACAGGGACGGAGAUGAGGACAACCAGCCCCUGGCUGGACUCAUUCCAGGGAAAAGCUUCCAGCAACAGAGAGAGACCUUGAAGAAAACUAUAACAGACAGGGAUCGAGAACACCAAGGGAAGCUUUGGUGUGCAAAGAAAAGCAAGAAACAGAAGAAGAAGAGCAUAUCUAACUUGAGCAAAAAUAUUGACUACGACGACAUCCUUACCUAUGAGGAGAUGUCGCUUUAUCACCAGCCUGCCAGCCGGAAACGCCCCAUCGCUCUGAUUGGUCCUACUAACAGCGGUCACGACGAGCUGCGUCGGAGGCUUCUGUCCAUUGAACCGGAAAAGUUUGCUGUUGCUGUUCCACACACCACCAGAAACCCAAGAAUACACGAGCGGAAUGGGCGCGAGUACCACUUCGUGAGUCGGCCUGCCUUUGAAGCCGACUUAGCGGGCGGGAAGUUCAUUGAGUCGGGGGAAUAUGAGAAGAACUUGUACGGCACCAGCACCGACUCGGUUCGACACGUCGUCAACUCCGGACGCAUCUGUUUGCUCUGCCUCCACACCAGGUCACUGCAGGUAUUGAGGUCCUCCAACCUCAAGCCCUUUGUCAUCUUCAUCGCUCCUCCUUCUCAAGAACGACUACGCACCCUACUGGCCACAGAGGGGAAAACACCAAAGCCUGAAGAGCUAAAGGCAGUUAUAGAAAAGGCCCGUGAGAUGGAGCACAAUUUUGGCCACUUCUUUGACGCGACCAUUGUGAACAUGGAUCCAGACCAGGCUUUCCACGAGCUGCGCAGGCUGAUAGACAAGCUGGACACUGAGCCACAGUGGGUGCCCACCUCUUGGCUGUGCUAGAGGCCACGGCGUCCCACUGCAGGUUAGACGGAGAUAAAGAGGAGAGAAAUGAAUGUUCCAGACGACUGAAAAAAUGAAGGUUGGACGGUGCUGAUUGUCACUGGAUUUUCACUCGCACAUUCUCCUCGUUUGUAGAGGAGUUGACCUUUACCACGUGCUGCAGGGAUGGACUCAAGUUUCUUACAUGUCUUUUUGUUGGUGUGCGUGCGUGUGCGUCUUUGUGGGUGAUUUUUUUUUCCUGUUUGCAUUAUGAAGGUUCUUGUUCAGUUUUAUGCAAAAUCAUUUAUCAAACAAAUAGAAAUAUUUCUAUCCUAUUCUUCAUAGUUAUUUAUAAUUGUAAAUAUAUAUUUUCUAGAGAAAAGGAUAUUAUAUUGUUACAUUUUGUGUGAGUGUAAUAUACAAAACGGUACACUCAACUGGGAGUGUUAAUGUGGCAAAUAUAAAAAUGGCUUCCUGACAAAGCAGGUAUCAAACAGAAGACAAGGACUUGUGCUUAAAGUGGCUGCAGUGUAACGAACGAAAAAUCUGCUGUGACCUGCAGUUUGAGUACUUCCUCUACAACAAUGUCAGUAUUAUUUUAUGUAAUCUCAGGUCUUAUUUACGCUGUGAUAACAGACCUCAAAUCUAAGAUAUUGUCUCUAGCCAUUUACCAGUAGUGAAAGAACAAAACAUCUUAUCGCUUAGACUAACUCCAACAAAUACAGUAUAGCUUCAUUGCCGGGUACAUAUUAAAUCACAAGCACAAUUCUGGA